AAAACUGCAAUUUUGUUUAGUAUACUUUGAACUGUGUUUAGUGAUACUCGUGAAAUGGGUAAAAAAGUUAAAAAGAAAGAGGCAGAGGUGGUUAAGAAAGAUGUUAAAAAGAAACAAGUUAAAGAGGUGAAAGAUAGCAGUAGUGUUUACAAUGUAGCAUCACUAAUAUCACUUGUCUCAGUAAUAGGACUAUCCAUAUUCGCAUACACCAUCUACAAAGAUGUAGUGACGGUACCAGAUAUGCCUCCACUGGAACUCAAUACGUGGUGGGGACCAAACGCUACGGGUGCUCAGGAUACUUCCAUUAGACCUUAUAGGGUUGUGUUUUCGGAUGCAAUGAACUCCGAAAUCAGAUGGCUCUUCGAGAUGUACCGCAAAACUGCUCAAAAGACAAAACCACCGAACCUCGAGAACACAGCCUGGACCUACGGAGUGAAUUCCGAAGCCUUUGCAAAGUUCUUCAAUUAUUGGAUAUUUAACUACAACUUUUUGGAACGAGAGAGAUUCUUCAAUCAGUUUGAACAGUACAGGACUAAAAUACAAGGGUUGGAUGUACAUUAUGUGCAUGUUAAGCCGAAAGUUGAUAAGAACAUUAAGGUCCUACCACUCCUCCUACUUCACGGCUGGCCAGGUUCCGUGCGAGAGUUCUACGAAGCGAUACCACUACUGACUACAGUCAGACCAGGGUAUGACUUCGUGUUUGAAGUUAUUGUGCCUAGUCUGCCUGGAUUUGGAUUUUCUCAGGCCCCAGUUCGUUCGGGAUUAUCUCCGCAUCAAAUAGCAAUAAUAAUGAGAAACCUAAUGCAGAGACUUGGCCACAAAACCUAUUACGUCCAAGGAGGUAAUCUUGGCCACAUUAUUGGGUCCAACAUUGCCACCAUCUUUCCUCAAGAAGUUCUCGGCUUCCAUACAAACUUUCCUGUGAAUUUCUCCAAGUAUGCCCAAUUGGUUUGGAUGUUGGGCUCGCUUUGGCCAACGUUUGUGGCCAAUGGACAUGUGGAUAGGAUGUAUCCUUUGAGUCAGAAAUUGAAGUUUUAUUUGGAGGAGUCUGGGUUUGCGCAUUUACAAGCUACGAAGCCUGAUACUAUUGGAAUAGCCCUCGAAGAUUCUCCCGUCGGCCUCGCGAACUACAUGCUAGACAGAUUCAUGAUAUUCACUGAUCCUGGGAACAAGUUGGACCCAGAAGGUGGUCUGGACAAAUACUUCUCUUAUGACAAAGUUCUGGAUAAUAUUAUGCUGUAUUGGAUCAGUGGGAGUAUUACUACGUCUAUGCGGGUUUAUAAAGAGAUGUUUCAAGAUUGGGAUGUUGAAAGAGUUUUGGAUCGGAUACCAACACCAGUACCAACAUGGGGUCUUCGUUUCAAGCACGACAUAGCUCACAGCCCUGACUUUGUCCUUCGUUGGAAAUACCCCAAUCUUCUAGGUACUUCAAAUUAUGACAUAGGCGGUCAUUUUGCAGCAUUUGAGAGACCUAAGGAAUUUAGUACAAGCGUUUUUGAAGCCGCGAAAGAGUUUUUGGCAUUCCAAAAAUAAAAGAAUGUUUGUUUGUA